AUGACCGGCUGGCCGCUGCGAUGCUGGGAGGGCCUCUGCAAGCGGCUCCAGUCGAACAGAUUAGAGGACUUUUACCAGCUCGACACCGCACUGGGCAGCGGUGCCUUCUGCACGGUGUAUUUGGGAAGCUGCAAAAAGACGGGCGAUCAAGCGGCCGUCAAGAUCUUCAAGAGAUCCAGCGAGAGCCAGGACAUCGGGACGCGAGAGGCUUUUGAGACUGAGAAGAGCAUGCUUGAGACCGUGCGACACCCAAACGUCAUCGAGCUGUUGAGUUGGUUCUUUGACGAGAGUGCCUGGCACCUCGUGGUGGAGGUCUGUUCUGGAGGAGAGCUGCUCGACAAGGUCGCCGAAGCCGGAUACCUCACAGAGAGGCUCGCCUCGAUCCUGAUGAAGCAGAUUUGUGAUCCUUUGGCGUUCCUGCAUCAACAGCAUGUCUGCCACAGGGACUUGAAGCCAGAGCACUUUCUCUUCGCCCGUCCAGGGCCUCUGGAGCAAGUGCCAUUGAAAAUUAUAGACUUUGGUUUGGCCUGUCGCUUCGAUGAUGGCCAGAUGUUCCACGAUUCGCCAGGAACUGUGAUGUAUGUAGCACCAGAGAUCCUGUCCAAAGGGUAUCAGCCGCCCUUCUGCGAUCUUUGGAGCUACGGCGUCGUGGCGUAUCUCACAAUGAGCGGAAUAAGCCCUUUUGACGCUGACACCGCAAAGCAGGUGGCAAGAAACAUCAGGAAGGUCAACUAUACCUUCGAUGCGCCUUGCUGGGGCCAUGUAUCUGCAGAGGGCAAAGACUUCCUCAGCCAGCUGCUUCAGAAGGAUGUCCACGUCCGCCUCACGGCGGAGGGUGCCCAGACUCACCGCUGGAUAUCUGAAGCAGCACCGGGAGCGACAGCAGAGGCACUUCCCAUGAUGGACCAACUGGAGAAGUGGAUCAAGGAGAACCGCUUGUCCAGGGAACUCUACAAAAAACACUUCUCCUGA